UGCUAUUGUGUUCACGUUUUCCUGAAGCCGGCUGUCCCUGAGGCUGUGUCAGAGAGGUGUUCCUGAGGAAGCCCGCGCCAGACCUUGUCCGGUGGAGGCGUGUCCCGCUCGUCCUCAGCUGUGGCCCGUGCCCGUAGCGCUCCACUCUGCACGCCUGGAGUCCAGCAGAAACUCAGCUUUAGGAUUCUGGUGCCUUUACCGAAGGGAGGGCACCAGGCAAGUCCUUCCCCCCCCUCCCCCGCGCCGGGCCCGCCCGCUGCCGGCGGAAGGGAGCGGCGGGGCCGGGAGCGGGAUGGGCGCCGGGAGCAGGGCCCGCCUCCGCCACCACAUGAUGCCGCUGCUCCUUCCUGCCGCCCCUGUCCCGGCGAGAAAAGGGAACUGGGCGCCGGGCGGGAGGAAGUGAUUCCGCUCCCCGCGCCGGCCGCGGGAGACGCGCGGCCCCUCCGCCCCCUCCCCGCCGGGCCGGGCGGCGCUGCGCGGCUGCCCGCGGAGGCUGCGCGGCUGCCCGCGGAGGGAGGGAGGAAGGAAGGCGGGGCCGGGCGAUGGCGCGGCUGGCGCUGCUGUUGCUGCUGGCGCUGCUGGCCCCGGGCAGCGCCUUCAACCUGGACGCGGAGCGCCCGGCCGUCUACUCGGGCCCGGAGGGCAGCUACUUCGGCUUCGCCGUGGACUUCUUCGCUCCCGACCCUUCCUCGACAUUUCUGCUGGUGGGAGCUCCAAAAGCCAAUACUACCCAGCACAACAUUGUAGAAGGAGGCCAGGUGCUCAAAUGCAGCUGGAAUUCAAACAGAAACUGCCAGCCAAUCAUAUUUGACUCCACAGGCAACAGAGAUUUUGCUCCUGAUGAUCCCCUGGAAUUUAAGUCUCAUCAGUGGUUUGGAGCCUCUGUGAGAUCCCAAAACGAUAAAAUUCUGGCCUGUGCCCCGUUGUACCACUGGAGAACUGAAACAAAACAAGAGAGGGAGCCUGUAGGAACUUGUUACCUGCUUGCAGGAUCUAAAUCUGUGGAAUAUGCACCCUGCAGGUCAACCACUAUUGAUGCAGAUGGACAGGGAUUUUGUCAAGGUGGAUUUAGUAUUGAUUUUACAAAGGGAGACAGAGUGCUACUUGGGGGACCUGGAAGCUUUUACUGGCAAGGCCAACUCAUUUCUGAUCGAGUGACAGAGAUUGUGGCUAAAUAUGACUCCAAAGUCUACAGUACCAAGUAUGAUGACCAGUUAGCUACCAGACCUGCCAGUGCUACUUUUGAUGACAGCUACUUGGGCUAUUCAGUGGCUGUUGGAGACUUCAAUGGUGAUGGCAUAGAAGACUUUGUAUCUGGAGUCCCAAGAGCAGCAAGAACUCUGGGCAUGGUGUCUAUCUACAAUGGGAAAAACAUGUCUUCCAUGUACAACUUCACUGGCGAGCAGAUGGCUGCCUAUUUUGGGUAUUCAGUAGCUGCCACAGAUAUCAAUGGGGACAAUUACACAGAUUUGUUUAUUGGAGCCCCUCUUUUUAUGGAUCGAGGUUCUGAUGGGAAACUUCAAGAGGUUGGCCAAGUUUCCAUUUGCCUUCAACGGGCCUCUGGAAGGUUUCAGAUCACAAAGCUGAAUGGUUUUGAGAUAUUUGCAAGAUUCAGCAGUUCUAUUGCACCUCUGGGGGAUCUCGAUCAGGAUGGCUUCAAUGAUAUAGCAGUUGCUGCACCAUAUGGUGGAGAGGACAAGAGAGGACUUGUCUAUAUCUACAAUGGAAGAGCAAAUGGCUUGAAUGCAGUCCCGUCUCAGAUUCUCGAGGGGCAGUGGGCUGCUCGCACUAUGCCGCCCAGCUUCGGGUACUCGCUGAAGGGAGCCACAGAUGUGGAUAAAAAUGGAUAUCCAGAUUUGAUUGUUGGAGCCUUCGGUGUUGACACGGCUGUUUUGUAUAGGGCUAGACCAGUUAUUAGAGUAAAUGCUGCCCUGGAAGUUAAUCCAAUCAUUCUAAACCCAGAAAACAAAGCCUGCUCACUGUCAGAUGUCAAAGUUUCUUGCUUCAAAGUGAAGUUCUGCUUAAAAGCGGAUGGCAAAGGAAAGCUCCCUAAUACGCUCAAUUUUCAAGUGGAGCUGCUGUUGGAUAAACUUAAGCAGAAAGGAGCUAUAAGGAGAGCUCUCUUUCUCCACAGCAAACAGCCUAGCCACUCUAAGAACAUGACUAUUACAAAGGGAGGCAAAAUGAAUUGUGAAGAACUUGAUGCCUUCCUGAGGGAUGAAUCUGAAUUUAGAGACAAACUAACUCCCAUUACUAUUUUUAUGGAAUAUCGUCUGGAUUACAGAACUGCUGCUGAUGCAACAGGAUUGCACCCUAUCCUAAACCAGUUCACUCCUGCUAAUAUGAGCAGACAGGCACAUAUUCUGCUGGAUUGUGGUGAUGAUAACAUCUGCAAACCAAAGCUGGAGGUUUCGGUAGAAAGUGAUCAGAAGCAGAUCUAUAUUGGUGAUGACAAUCCCUUGACACUAGUUGUCAGUGCUCAGAAUCAAGGAGAAGGAGCCUAUGAAGCAGAACUCUUUGUCAUUGUUCCACCCCAAGCAGAUUUCAUUGGUGUUGUUCGUAACAACGAGGCUUUAGCAAGACUGUCAUGUGCAUUUAAAACAGAGAAUCAAACUCGCAUGGUAGUUUGUGACCUAGGAAAUCCCAUGAAAGCAGGAACUAAGCUACUAGCUGGCCUGCGUUUCAGCGUGCACCAGCAGUCUGAAAUGGACACCUCUGUGAAGUUUGACUUGCAAAUCCGAAGUUCCAACCUGUAUGACAAUCUAAGCCCAGUAGUAUCCUAUCAGGCUGACCUUGCCAUUCUAGCAGCUGUUGAAAUUAGAGGUGUGUCAUCUCCUGAUCAUAUCUUCCUUCCAAUUGCAAAUUGGCAGCCGAAGGAGAACCCAGAAACGGAAGAUGAUAUUGGGCCUCUAGUUCAGCAUAUCUAUGAGCUGAGAAACAAUGGUCCAAGUGCAUUCAGCAAAGUGAUGAUGACUCUGCAGUGGCCUUACAAAUACAAAAACGACACACUGUUGUAUAUUGUUCGGUAUGAAAUAGAUGGUCCCAUGAACUGCACUUCUGAUAUGGAAAUCAAUCCAUUGAAAAUUAAGAUUUCUGCUUCUAAAGAUGAUGAUAAGAAUGAAACACUUAGCAGGGAAGAUAAUCGUGACCAUCGUAUCAGCCGAAGGGAUUUAACUGCCAUUGAAGGAGAUGUACAAACUUUGGGCUGUGGAACAGCAGAGUGUUUAAAGAUAGUCUGUCAAGUUGGUCACCUGGAAAGGGGAAAAAGUGCAAUAUUGUAUUUAAAAUCACGCCUUUGGACCCAAACUUUCAUGAAUAAAGAAAAUCAGAACCAUUCCUAUUCUCUCAAAUCAUCUGCUUCUUUCAGUGUUAUAGAGUUCCCUUAUAAGAAUCUUUCCUUUGAAGACAUCCACAAUUCCACAGUAGUCACUACAAAUAUUACAUGGGGCAUUCAACCACAGCCUAUGCCUGUGCCAGUGUGGGUUAUAAUUUUGGCUGUCCUAGCAGGAUUAUUGCUCCUGGCAGUUCUAGUGUUUGUUAUGUAUAGGAUGGGCUUUUUCAAACGUGUGAGACCACCACAGGAAGAGCAAGAAAGAGAACAGCUGCAGCCACAUGAGAAUGGGGAAGGAACAUCAGAAGCUUAAGCAGAGUUUUAUCUGUAAGACAUUCUGAAAUUUUAAAAUGCCUACUUCUUGGUUACGAAUAUUGGUUUCCCUGUUAAAGAAAAAACACUCAUGACUGCAAAGCUGUUGGUCUCAGAAGCAUGUACAAAAUGAGAGCAAAAUAUUUAAAUCCUCCUUUUUGUAUUAAUUAUGUUCAUAUAUGUGACUAAUGCAUCUGCACUGAUUUGUGUUUGAAAAGUAGUAUGUAGUGCUAUGAUUUGCUUAUUGGGAUAGAAGAGACAUCUUUUUUGAUUCACAGACCAACUUUAUAUGCAUUGCUACACAGAUGCUGUGUUUGCUCUUGAAGCCAACAGCUUCCGUAGGUACUUGUGGGAUUACAUGUUUAGCUUCAAUAUAUUUGUGUUAUCAUACACUACAUUUCAUUUCCUAGCUCUUGUGAGCCAGUUGCAUAAUAAAAUAUGAACACAACUUGUUUUACAAAACUGAAGAAUAUUCUUUGACCCAUUAAUUCUGCUGAUUAUUUCCUCCUGCUCAAAAAAUAUGAGAGAGAUGAAUCACUGGAAUCACUCACAUCUCAUACCUAUUCUGCAUGCCUGUUCCCCUUCCAGAUCAGUCAUUUGUCUGGUGGUUUCCCUUUAGACUUUACAAAUACCAUUCUCCAGAUCCAGGGUCUCUUACUGAGCCUACAGAAAUGGAAGUCAAUGGUAGAAAGGUGGGGAUGAUGCGUUUUCUAUAGGACUGAGUGCAAAUAUUCUGAGCAAGAUCCAAAGACUCUGCUGUGUAUUUUUAAAGCAUGGAAUCCAGGUGUUCCUCAGAAUUCUUGACAGCAUGGAUCUAUUCAGGUACUGCUAGGGACAAGAUGUUGGACUGUGGCUACCAACAGACAUGUCUUGUGAGAAGAAACAUAGCCUUGAUGUCCAGAAGUCAAAGCUCCACAAGGCUUGAAGUUAUGUCUGUGUAUUACUCAGGACACCUUUCAUUGUUGGGUAAACCAAAGAAGGGAAUAAUUUAUGACAGGUUAUCUUAUGCACUGUGAGGAAGUCGUUGUUAAUUUUCACAUUGUGUGGUUGACCAUGUCCAAAAGCAGGAUGGAGUAAUACAGGGACUGUUUAAACUACACUGUCUGCUAGCCAAAUGUAUGUAGAUUCCAUCGGGAGCACUUUGUCCACACUCAUGCCUGCCUUGCCACCUGCCCUGAGAGAACAGUGAGCUUCUCAAAAUGAAGCAGAGUAUAGCUGGCAAUGCAAAAAGGUUUCAAAAGAGAAGGCUGAUUUGGCUUGUUUCAUUUCAUUCUUCCAUUGUUUCAUUCACUGUAUGUUUCAUUGCACAAAAGACAUUUCAUUGCAUAGACAUUUCAUGAUGUUCAAUACAUUUCAUUACCAGAAAAAACACUAAAUAUUUUGUUUCACUGUUUGCUACAUGUACCAAAAGUUCAGUGGUUUAAAGCCCCAGGUUUACAUAAAUCUUAGUUUAUUUACCUUAGCAUUGAUGUGGUAAAAUGAAGCUGCUUCAAUUGAUGAGAGAACACAAGAACAUUGUCUAUGCAUUUCAGUAGAUAUUUAAUGCAAAUUAGGAGGUUGUCUGGCUUGCCAUCACAUGUAGCUGUGUUGCAUAAAUCUUAGAUUGGACAUACUUAGACUAUUUCAGAGAUACCUUAUAUCAGAUGUGCUUAUCCUAUUCCAGAAAGGCAAUAAUUUAUAUUAUAAACUCCCUGUAUGUAUGCAGCAAAAUACAGAAAGGAAGACUUCUACUGUAAUUAUAGCAGUGAGAUUUCUGUAUAGACAAGUUCUUAAAAGGACACAAAUUGUGGUUAGCUUUGGGUACUUGCAGCUUGGGGAUUUUGUUCCAAUCUGCAUCUGCCCCGCAAAUACUGCAAUGCCCUGUAAAGCCAGAAUUCUCUGAAAUUAACAAUUGGAUUCAACUCUCAUUUCAGCAUCCCUUCUGAGAUUCAAAAUCCACAAAUGCUUGUCUAUGUAAAGUCCAUUCUUACGCCAUGAACCAUGAUGGCAUUUAAGUCAUUAAGAGAGGCAGCAAAAAAAAAAGGCUGUGGGGGCCAGUAUGUGUGUCAGAUCUAGGCUUGCAUAGUUACCCAUUUACAUGUUUUUGGUUUAGACGAUUUGUUAAGAUGAGUUUAUAUGAGGGUAUACGGCGUAAUUCCACUUUCACUUAGUUUUCAAGGUCUUCAUUUUGGCCAAGAUUUUAUUUUUGUCUUGACUUCUAGUGUUGUUACUAGUAAUACAAUAAAGAAUCAGGAAUCAGGCUUUGAUCCUGGCCUCAAAAUGUGACUUCUAUAAAAGAUAAUUUCAGUUAGUUACACAGACUUUUCUAGUUCACACGCUUUGGCAACUGAUUAUAUGCAAGGAGAUUGUUUUUACCCAGUCCUAAUCUUGCUAGGUUAAGAGGUUUAAGAGACUGUCAGAUGAUAGCUCUAAUUCUUACAUGUGUGCUUUCAUUAUAUGUAUGCACUGUGUUGACUUGAAAUUUAUUAAACUACUUGCAUGUCUAGGCAUUAGAAAGAAAUGAAAAGAAAGCAGCAUGAUCAAGAUCUCUUCAGCUCACAUGGAAGGGAUACUGUAGCAUUGCUUAUGUCAGUGCUAAUUACAUCUUCAUUUUACUCUGGCAACUGGAAACUGUCAUUUUACUGAUUUUCAGGAUAAAAAGGUACAUUUUAUUGGUACAACUGCUGUAGCUAUGGAAAGCUUCUUCCAUCUAUAGAGCUUACGUGAAGUAAGAGUUACUUAAGUGAUUUUUAUUUCUUUACAUUCUACUGGACAGUAAAAGCAAACACUUGCUUUUCCCAUGUCCACUAAUCUCCAGUUUGGUUAAAAACUGCAAACAGCAAGCAUAUGUAAAUAACAUAUACAAGUUACUUAAGUGAACAUGGAUAUAAAACCCCCAAUUCAGUUCAGAGUAACAUUUGUGUUUCAGAAAGAUUCUGAACAGGAUGUUUUCCUGAGUGGUGGUGCAAGAACCCUUUGAUAUCACAUUCUAGAUUCAGCAAUAAUAUUCGACUAUGUAUGUGAUUGUGUCAGUAUAGAUUUUAUAAUGACUUAAAGGCUUUGGUGUGUUUUUGUAGUAUAAAUAGUAGAACAAGGUUAAAACUUUGAGAGAAACUAUAAAAAUGUAUUUUGAAAUUACAUUAAUGUCCUUGAGUCAAAACUGAUGUGCAUAAGGUGCAUAAGAUGCAUGCUGCAAGCAUUAAAAAAACCCCAAGAUAAUUAGUCCUGUUUUAGAGAGUUAUGUUUCAGAAGCUUGUUUUUAUGAAUAUAAAAUCAACUGCUAUGUAAUUAUUUAGGUAAUGAAAACAUUUUCAAAGAGCUAUAUCUUUAAUGAAAUUCUGUCAUUAGUCCUGUUGGCCAUUAUUGCAGCAUCUCAUGAUCAAUACAAAAAAGUUAAUAUGCAUUUUGUAAUAUAAUUAUCUGUUAUAUUUGGCAAUAUUUAGGAAACGUAAAGCAACAGACCUAAUUUAUAGGUUUACAUUUUUCAAGAAACUACCAAAUGAUGUAGGUAGCUUUUAUUUAAGCCUGACUACACAGUCAAUUCUGAUAUUAAUUUAACAACCUAAGUUGAAAUAUUUGAGGAAAUGUUUUCAGAUAUCAGCAUCAAGUUUAUAAUUUUAUUCAUCCCAUUUUUAUGUUUUAAUUUCUUAUUUAUAUGUUAAUCUUGGAUUCCCAUAACGUGGAAAUUUUAAGAAAUUUCAUUAUAUAUGCUCUUUCUCUAUAAAACAUUUGUUCCAAGUGAAGAUUUUUAAUAUUUAGUUUCUAAACUUAUGUCUGUGCUUGUCUUUAAGGUAAAACUCUCAUGGGUAUUUUGAAAAUAUUUUGGUUAUAAUCAGCAUGUUCUUGACAAUUUGAAGGAAUCAUGUUGCACUUGGAAUUUUACAACAUCUGGUUUUGCUGUUGAUUACCCUGGAACAGACAUGGCAGUCACAGAGCAGCAUUACCCUUGUGAAAAUCUAGUCAGUUGUUGUGUUAGGUCCAGGCUAAGACCUUUUUCCACAGCCUAAUGAAGUCAUAGAAAACCUGACAUUCAUUGCAACUGCCUUUCAAUGUGACCCUUAGUGUCCAGUGCUGCUGGCUGUUAAUGAGGAAAAAAAAAUAGGGUUUUACAAAAGAAAUGCAAAAAAAAAAAAAAAAAAGGGGUGAUGGCAGCUCACAGAUAAGCCUUUUGCAGCAAAGAGAUGGGGUUUUUUUGCUUGUCUGUUUCUAAGAUGGGGAGAGCCCAUUAGUGCUCUGUUGGUAUUCUAUCACAAGCAAAUCCCACAGUUUGGAUCAUGAUUAUAUGCUGAGCUCUAAUAACUGUUGAUGUGAGUGGGAUCUGAACUCUUUGGUACUGAAUCUCUAGCUUCUAAUUCCCAAGUGCAAUAUAACAUGAUCAGAUCUAGUUCACUGCCGAGUUGUCUGUUUAUUUUUAUUUGCCUAAGAAGGGAUGUAGCAUUUCUGCCUUGCAGUGGUCAGUAUUUUUAAGGACAUUAUCAAAAAGAAUGUAUUAAAUUGAGGUCAUAAAUGAAUGGUAUAGAAAGUUUUCCAUCACCCACAUUGGGUGAAACAUAAUGUAUAUUCCAAGGUGUGUCCAUUACUAACUCUUGAGCUACUGAGAAUCGGUACAAUAUCCUUUAAGUCCACUGUGGAAAAUCUGACUAGAGACUAUACAAUAAGGGGUUAACUAGUGCUACUACUGUUUCAUGUGAUUGUUAUUUAGUAUUUCAAUCUAUUUUUUCCAAUGUGUAGAGUUUUUAGAUAACACAGGAAAUCUAACUUUUCAUGCAGUGUCCUUCUAAUAUGCUGCGUUAAGGUUGAGUGACUUGACUCUUGGCUUUUGCAAAAUAAAUGAAGAUCUAAUGUAGCAUUUGAAUCUUCAAAAAACCUUACAGGUUUAGGUAGCCUUGUCGAGUCCCUGAAGGAAACCUGUUUUUGCUAUAAUGCAAGUGUGUUGAAAAUGUAACAUUUUAUUCUUUGUCAUAGAAUAUUUUUGCCUUUUUUGGUUUUGCUUGUGCAUUAAAUCAGUAGAACAUUGUUUGCACAAGCAGAAAAUUAACAUACUAAUGUGUGCUGCAUUUUGGGUUUCUUAGUCAUGUAGUAAAUACUUGUAACAUAAAUGGGAAUAUUUUCAGUAACUAUCAACUUUUUUCAAAGGUCUUUGGUACAUUUAAGGAGAGCAAUAUACAUUUGAAGUCACCUUAUUUUUAUUAAAUUAUAAGUCUUGCAAAAAAAGUAAUUUUGUACUGAUAACAAGUAUAUAGCUGUUAAGCUGUGGUUUUCUUUUCAAGUCAUUCUUUUCAUCCUAAUUCAAAUUGGAAUGAUUUUAUUAGGUUGUAUUUUACUGUGUAUGUAUACAAUUUCAAAAUACUAUGAUUGGAUAAAAUGAAAACUGUUAAGUAUUGAGUUGAUUUUGAUAUUUAGAGUUUUGGAAUAAAAUACCUCUUUAUUAACAGGAA